AUGAGCUCCAAGCAAAGGACCAAGGUGGCGUCCUCAACGCGUGUCCAACACAACACAGGAGCCCACGAUGCUCCCGCCAUGUCUCUGUCCACCAAAUACAGAGAUGGCGCUUCGGACGAGUUCGAGUUUGGCGGCUCGCUUGGAACUUCAGCGCUGAUGAUCGGGUUCCCCUUAGUGAUGUGGUACAUGUGGGUUGGCGCAACAUACUACGACGGUCAAGCUCCGCUGCCCGCACCUGGCCAGAGCUGGUCUGGCUUCAGCCGUCACCUUGCCCAUCUUGUCUAUGAGGGAGCCUACCCGACGACCAAGGCUUGGGCCGUCUACUGGACCUUCUUCAUCGGUGAGGCUCUCAUGUACUGCUACAUGCCCGGCGUGCUCAACUAUGGGCGCCCGCUCCGCCACGAGGGGGGCAAGCGGCUUCCCUACUAUUGCUCGGCCUUCACCAGCUUUUACGCGACGCUUGCCAUCGCCGCCGUCCUGCACGCCACCGGCAUCUUCCCGCUCUACACCUUGAUCGAUGAGUUCGGGUCCCUCAUGACCGUCGCCAUCCUUUCCGGGUUCCUGAACAGCUUCGUCGUCUACUUCCAGGCCGUCAUCCGCGGACGCACGCACCGGCUCACGGGCUACCCGAUAUACGACUUCUUCAUGGGCGCCGAGCUGAACCCGCGCAUCGGCAUCUUGGAUUUCAAAAUGUUCUACGAGGUCCGGAUCCCAUGGUUCAUCUUGUUCCUCAUCACAUGCUCGGUCGCGGCCCGGCAAUACGAGCGAUACGGAUACGUCUCGGGCGAGGUGGUGUUUCUGGCCGGCGCACACUACCUCUACGCCAACGCCUGUGCCAAAGCAGAGCAGAUGAUCAUCACCAGCUGGGACAUGUACUUCGAGAAGCUCGGGUUCCUGCUCACCUUCUGGAACAUGGCCGGCGUGCCAUUCACCUACUGCCACUGCGCCCUGUACCUCGCCAACCACGACCCUUCCGAGUACCACUGGAACCCCUUUGCACUGACCGCACUGAGUGUCGCCUAUCUCUUCUUCUACUGGAUGUGGGACAGCGCCAACGGCCAGAAGAACGCAUUUCGGCACCAGGAGAGGGGCCAGCUGGUCAGGCGCAGGACGUUCCCCCAGGUGCCCUGGCAGGCGAUCGAGAAUCCCAAGGUCAUCGAGACGGACGCGGGCGACCGCAUCAUGGUGGACGGGUGGUUCGCCAUCAUCCGGAAGCCGAACUAUGUCCCGGACAUGUUCUUCUCCUUCUCGUGGGGCCUGAUCACCGGGUUCAAGAGCCCGUUUCCCUGGUUCUAUUUCGUCUUCUUCAUGGUUAUGGUUAUCCACCGCACCAACAGAGACAUGAACCGAUGCCGAAGAAAGUACGGCGAGGCUUGGAAGCAGUAUGAGAGAGAAGUCCCAUACAUUUUCAUCCCUUACAUCAUCUAG